AACACAAAACGUAAAUGUUUUGCAAUCGGCGAGUGAAAGUGCGAUGCAGCCUCCGCCUCCGCCGCGAGUCAGUGCGUGCGCGCUCCGACACACGGCAACAUGGGUGCAAACCAAAGCGAGCCCGCGGUGCCAGCAGGCAAGGUGGACCUGGUCUCCAGGAUCAAGGCGCGGGUGACUUCGGCCGACCCAAAGAAGGCAAGGGAGCUGGGAGGAGUGUUCCUUUUCAACAUCAUUAAGGGAACCUCAGUUUAUAGCUGGACUCUGGACCUGAACAAAGUCACGGUAUUCGAAGGCGAGCCAGAGGACGAUCCUGAUACCACCUUCACGCUCACGGAACACAACUUCAAGCAGCUAGUACAGGGGAAAGAAGACGCCAGGGUCAUCAUGCAGGCCGGCCGCUGCUCCGUGACAGGGGACAUCAUGAGGGCGAUGAAGCUUGAGCCGUAUAUCAAGUUGGAAUAAGGGUUAUUAUGGCAUACAGAAUAUAGGGGUCUACUCUGUAAAGCGAUCUCGAU